GGGCGGGGCUGACUCUGCACCGCACUGGAUCAGCCACUACCGGCAGAGGGGAACGUGCGCCGGCGGCUCCAUGGAGCAGUGCGGGAAUGCCCUGUUGGUAGGAGCGCAGCGCCGGAGCGGACAGCACGCCUCACCUCCGCGUUUUUCCUGAACUGCUGCUUGGAUCAACAGUGGCCCGGUUUAAAACCGGCUCGGAUUGGCUUAAAUACAUCUGCGGGGUGGCCAAAAAAGAAGAAGACGCGCGUUUAUUGCCGCGCCGCAACCAAAAGAUGCGGUGACGGAGGUGUCAUCUGCGAGAGAGUGAAGCCGGAUCUGGACACAUAUAUUUUUCCUGUUUUAAUUCGCUGCUGGGGGUCCGCUGAGCCGGUCGCUGUAGGGCUGGCAGGCCUGGGGUGGGACAGAGAACAUGGCUGAAUCGCGGCGGGAAAGCACAAGCAGCCUACAGAGGAAGAAACCUCCCUGGCUCAGACUGGACAUUCCCACAGCUCAGAUGUCACUCGAUGAGCCUCCUACUUUUGUCCAGCCAAUGAAGAGGCAGGGUUUCCUGCGCAGCAUCAGCAUGCCUGUGGAAACCUCCCAUCUCCCAUCUCCCCCACGGGACUAUUUUGACACCCGGCGGCCGGUCUUGCAGCGUCAGUCAUCUAUUACUCAAACCAUAAAGAGCAGCAGGAGAGUGCAUUUUGAGCGGAUUAACACUGUGCCCAUUAAAGGGCAGCGGGCUGCACGGCGCAGCACCAGGAAACACCACUCUCUGUCCAGAACUCUUCUCAGGGGAACGGCGGACUGGUUUGGGGUCAGUAAGGAUGGCGACGCCACCCAGAAGUGGCAGAGGAAAAGUCUCCGCCACUGCAGCUUGCGCUAUGGGAAGCUGAAACCGCAGGUGAUCCGGGAGAUGGAUCUGCCCAGCCAGGACAACAUCUCCCUGACCAGCACUGAGACCCCUCCUCCUAUGUAUGUCCCCUCCUCUCAGCAUGGGAUGCAAAAGAUAGUUGAUCCACUGGCUCGUGGGAGAGCCUUUCGAAUGGUGGAAGAGGUGGAUGGCUACAGUGUUCCUCAAACCCCCAUCACCCCUGGUGCUGCCUCGCUUUGCUCCUUUACCAGCUCUCGCUCAGGUCUCAACCGGCUGCCUCGGCGGCGUAAGAGGGAGUCUGUGGCAAAAAUGAGCUUCAGGGCUGCAGCUGCGCUUGUUAAAGGGAGGUCAUUUCGGGAAAGCACGCUGAAACGGGCUCAGAGAAGAAGCUUCACCCCUGCUAGCUUCAUGGAGGAGGAUGUGAUUGACUUUCCAGAUGAGCUUGACACAUCCUUCUUUGCCAGAGAUAUUUUGAUGCAAGAGGAGCUGUCCACGUAUGCAGACGAGGUGUUUGAGUCUCCGUCUGAAGCCGUCAUCAAAGAGGCCCCUUCUAGCAGCAAAAACGAUGAGAUGGAGCUGACAGGCAGUGCCCUAGAUAAGACUGAGCUGGAGAGAAGUCACCUCAUGCUACCUCUGGAGAGAGGGUGGCGUAAAACCAAAGAGGGAACUCCAGGUCCGCCAAAGGUGCCACUGCGUCAGGAGGUUGUGAGUGUGAACGGACAGCGGCGCGGGCAGCGCAUCGUCGUUCCCGUCAAGAAGCUUUUCGCCCGCGAGAAGAGGCCUUAUGGGUUGGGCAUGGUCGGAAAGCUGACAAACCGCACCUAUCGCAAGCGCAUCGACAGUUACGUCAAGAGGCAGAUUGAUGAUAUGGAUGACCACAGGCCUUUUUUCACAUAUUGGAUCUCCUUUGUCCAUUUACUUAUCACUAUCCUGGCUGUAUGUAUCUAUGGUAUUGCACCUGUAGGCUUUUCCCAACACGAGACAGUUGAUUCUGUUUUAAGAAACAAAGGUGUUUAUGAAAAUGUCAAGUUUGUACAGCAGGAGAACUUCUGGAUCGGGCCGAGUUCAGAAGCCCUGAUCCACUUGGGGGCCAAAUAUUCUCCAUGCAUGCGACAAGACAAAGAGGUGCACAGUCUUAUCUUGGAAAAGAGAGAGAUCGAGCGCAACUCGGCCUGCUGCGUUCGGAAUGAUCGCUCUGGAUGUGUCCAAACCACAGAGGAGGAAUGCUCGAGCACUCUGGCUGUGUGGGUGAAGUGGCCGAAACAUUCCAGUACGCCUAAGCUUCGAGGUAAAGAGAGGCAGUAUGGCUCCGUGUGCCAUCAGGAUCCAAGAAUAUGUGAUGAACCUUCCUCCAUGGCUCCGCAUGAGUGGCCGGAUGACAUCACCAAGUGGCCAAUUUGUACCAACAACACGCGUAACCACACCUACCUGCCUCAUAUAGACUGCACCAUUAUGGGCCGGCCCUGCUGCAUCGGAACCAAAGGAAGGUGUGAGAUCACAUCCCGUGAAUAUUGUGACUUCAUGAAGGGCUACUUUCACGAGGAAGCGACUCUUUGCUCGCAGGUGCACUGCAUAGAUGAUGUCUGUGGACUCCUGCCUUUCCUCAACCCUGAGAUCCCAGAUCAGUUUUACAGACUCUGGCUCUCACUUUUCCUGCACGCAGGGAUCCUUCACUGCCUGGUGUCCGUGGUUUUCCAAAUGACCAUCUUGAGGGAUCUGGAGAAACUGGCUGGCUGGCUUCGAAUAUCAAUCAUUUACAUCCUCAGCGGCAUCACUGGCAACUUGGCUUCUGCCAUCUUCCUGCCGUACAGAGCAGAGGUGGGUCCAGCUGGCUCUCAGUUUGGCAUCCUGGCCUGCCUGUUCGUGGAGCUGUUUCAGAGCUGGCAGAUCCUGGCCGAACCCUGGAGGGCCUUCAUCAAGCUGCUGUGUGUUGUCAUCUUUCUGUUUAUCUUCGGGCUGUUGCCCUGGAUUGACAACUUUGCUCACAUAUCCGGAUUCAUCUCCGGCUUCUUCCUGUCCUUCGCCUUCCUACCUUACAUCAGCUUCGGCCGCAUGGACCUGUACCGCAAACGCUGUCAGAUCAUCGUCUUCCUGCUGGUGUUUGUCGGCCUCUUCUCCGGUCUCGUGGUGCUCUUUUACGUCUACCCCAUCAAGUGCGACUGGUGCGAAUUUCUCACGUGCAUCCCCUUCACAGACAAAUUCUGCGAGAAGUACGACCUGAAUGCUCACCUGCACUGAGGCGUGAGCACAGAAGUGUUGUGGACUGUGUGGGGAUCCUUCUUCCCCCUUUCCGUGAACUAAAACGAUAUGUCUAUGUUCUUUUACUCUCAUCGUGAAGACUUUCUUUCCUUCCCAUUCAGCAGCAGUCAUGAGUGAAACAGAGCGAAGGCACCUCAGAAACUCAUCAAAGCAUCCAGCAGCCCUUUACAAGAGAGGCGAUGGCUGUUACAGAGAAAAGGACCACUUUCUAUGUUCACUGUCCAGAUGUAGAUUUUAUUAUUCAGGCAACUUUGCAGACUAGCAGGGACAACAAUAUCAAUGCCUUUGGUGCCUUUACAGAAAAUGUACCAACUACUGCCAUAUUUUUGUUACAAUAUGCUGAGCACUCGAAUGUUUCCGUUUAUUCGUUUAUUGCUUCUCAAGAAGUGAUUAUUGUUUUUAACACGGUAGUGUUUUAGCUACCUGUCUACACACGUGUAACAGAAAACAACAGUAAAAAAGAAAAAAGAA